UUAACUUAUACGAACGUAUUGUUUUAAGAAUAAAUUUGCUUAAAGCUAAAAUAUAAACUGUUCUUUUUGUAAAAUUUAAAGGAAAGACCUUAGUUUGUUACAAUAAUAAAUACAUGCACUUUUGCAAGACCGUUAGUAAACAGAUAGAACUUCAACUAUUAUGUUUUAGAUAUCAGUUUGGCCUCUGCGUUACCCUUUUGAGCAGCUAAAACCUUAGUGCGCCUGUAUUGUUAAAUAUAUAAACAUAGACUUUCCAAGAAGUGUUAAACAAAAACCGAUGCCACAUUAGUUUCAACAUAACAAAUGUGUAGUUUUUUAGAUAUAAAAACAUCAAAUAAACGAAACAAAACAUAGCCAUUGAAAUUUAAAGUACGACUUUAUGCGACUGCAAGUGUAAUAUUUUUCUCACAAAUAAACAAAUAACCAACAUAGAUAUUACAUCUUUAAUAUUGUAGAAAAUAUAACGUUGGCGUUUAAAUAACAUUGAUAUGGCGAGCAUAGUACUAAUAGCGUGUUUGGCUGUACUGGGUCUUAUUAUUGCAAUCGCUCUCUUUCUGGCUGGCGGAUACUUGUGGUGGAGGCAUAAAAGAUCCCAAUUACAGUUUAUUGAACCAAAUGAAGAUGAAGAAUCUAGUAGCUAUAGUCUUAGGGCUGCUCAGGAUAUUGUUGACUCUGGUAAUCCACCUACAAAACCGCAAGUGCCAGUAACACAAGCUAUUACAACACCACUUCAAAAUAACAUAAACAGGAAGUUAAAUGGAUUCUUAAGUCUUAGAACUCCUUUAAUUGGUGGUUCGGGAACUGCACAAACAAAGCCACAAAAUGUAUCUUCUGUUGGAAACGCUGGAGAAGGUACUGCUAAGGAUUCCGCUAAUAAAAGUAUCUCAAUGACAGACAUGUACCUGGAUAGCAACGAUCCGAGUGAAAAUGUUGGACAAAUACAUUUUUCUUUGGAAUAUGAUUUUCAAAACACAACAUUAAUUUUAAAAGUUUUGCAAGGAAAAGAGCUUCCUGCGAAAGAUUUAAGUGGUACUUCCGAUCCUUAUGUCCGUGUAACCUUGUUACCAGAUAAAAAACAUAGAUUGGAAACCAAAAUAAAAAGGCGAACACUAAACCCUCGUUGGAAUGAAACAUUUUACUUUGAGGGAUUCCCCAUUCAAAAACUUCAAUCUCGUGUUUUACACUUACAUGUAUUUGAUUACGAUCGGUUCUCAAGAGAUGACUCCAUCGGAGAAGUAUUUCUUCCUCUUUGCCAGGUUGACUUUGCUGGAAAACAAUCAUUUUGGAAGGCAUUAAAGCCCCCUGCAAAGGAUAAAUGCGGGGAACUUCUUUCCUCCCUUUGCUAUCAUCCGUCGAACUCAAUUUUGACGUUGACAUUGAUAAAAGCAAGAAAUUUGAAAGCCAAGGAUAUCAACGGAAAAUCUGAUCCAUACGUAAAGGUUUGGCUUCAAUUUGGAGACAAAAGGGUAGAGAAAAGAAAAACGCCUAUAUUUACAUGUACGUUAAAUCCAGUAUUUAAUGAAUCCUUUAGCUUUAACGUUCCUUGGGAAAAAAUAAGAGAAUGUUCCUUGGAUGUUAUGGUAAUGGAUUUUGAUAACAUAGGAAGGAACGAGUUGAUAGGGCGAAUAUUAUUAGCGGGUAAAAACGGUUCUGGAGCAUCAGAAACUAAGCAUUGGCAAGACAUGAUCUCAAAGCCCAGACAAACUGUAGUACAAUGGCAUCGUUUAAAACCUGAGUAACUUUAAUAAUAAUUCAAUAAUAUAUACAUAACACUAACACCAGUAAGUAUACCGGAGAAACCCGUACGUGGAUGUACAUACGUUGAUUUAUACUUGCAUAUAUAGCAAUAUCAUAACGAUUAAAAAAAGGAAAACAAUUGAAAUCUGCACAAAACUAAUGUUAUUAUGUUUGAAAAAUUAUAAUUAUUAAAAGCCAUACAAUUUAAAUAAAGUAAUUGUUCUGAUAAGAGCAAUAGUUUUAUACGUGCUUAUAUGUAGAAAAAUGGUUUGUAAGGACAUUAUUAUACAACAUGGAUUAUAAAAUAUUGUAACAUCUGUUAAAAAAUUAAUUUCUAAAAUAACGCUGUGUAACGCCAGAAUUUGAUGUGUUGAAUGACCACGAAAAUGUUUUAUAACUAAGAAAUUUUAAGAAAAAUAGGCUCGAAAUGUAAAAAGUUUCGAUGUUUGAACAGCUUUGACUUUCUCAUAAGAGCAGACUGACUGACAUGUCUAGAUUUUCAAGGAAUGCAAUAUCUCGGUGCACCAGUGCCUGGUAUAAAAAUGUACGAUAACCACAGAUCUCAUUUAUUUGUAUGGUAUCCAGGGUGAGAGCAUUUUCGUGGCUUUAAAUCUAACACACAUAAAAUCGAAAAACAGUAUACUUUGAUUAAUGUAUAAUAACAAAGGUAACAUUUUAUAACACAGUGUAAGAAACUCCCUUGACAAAAUGAAGUUUGUUACUUUUCAACCUACACUUUGUCAUUAAAUGUAUGUACGUAUAAAUAUAUUUUUCAAUCAUUUUUUAUACACUUUUAAAUUUGAUUUGCUUUAAAAUUAAAAUUUGAUUUAAGUUGAAUUUCAUAUAUAGGGAAGUUAACAAAUUUAAAAGAUGCGGAAGACCAAUUGGGAAAACUUUGUCUGCCCCUAUUUUGGCAAUUUAUCAAAAUAACGCAAAUGGUACCAGGGUUGACAUAAUAAUUUUUAUCAGAUAAGAAAGUUGGAAACGCCUAUAGGGAUAUAUUUCCGUGGAAGACAUCUGAUAAAAGCAAUGAAUGAAACCCAUAACUUUAUGAAAAUGUAUAUAAUACGAUUGAAUUGUUAAACUAUAACAUUAAAUAGUCUAAUUAAAGACGAAAAGACAUUGUUACACGGUUUUAAAUUAAACAAAAUGGAAAAAAGUUAUAAUAUCCUUACAUAUUCUUUAAUCACAUACUGUACCGUAUGAUAGAAAUGUAGGUUAUUUAAAUAGAAAAGGAUUGCAUUAGCACAAUAAACCAGAACAUAAACCAUUUUUAAAAAUAACUAUACAAAUUAAACUAUUAGCCAACCAUUGCCGGAAUAAGCGUCAACUGCGAGAACAAAUAUGAGAAAGUAA